UCUCCGGAACAUUUGCGCUUUUUGUAAGUUGGGAGUCAAGGCAGACAGAAAACCUUUGGGCGUGUUCCGUUGAUGGCGCUCUCCAUCCACACUGCCGAUACUCCGAGGUGACAUACAGUCUUCUCCUGUACAAUGUAAUUUCAAAGAGUUCCUCAAACUUUUCCAAUACGAACUCGAUCACCUUCCACUCACUUUUGUUACUAUCCCUUCUUUAACACUCUCCCGUCUUGAAAGAGACAUCUCUCCAAACGCUAGAGGCUGAAUUCGGUUGGUGAUAUUACUGGAAGAAAGAUCCAGGUGAAGUUCAUCAUCUGUAAUGCCUUCCAAUCUGGGGUAGUUCUGAUCUACACGUUUGUUCUCAGGAAAAUCUUGAUGGGAAGUUCUGAACUUUCAUUUUUUGUAAUGGGCGCCUUCAGUUUCUCUUGCUCUAGUUGAAACCAAACCAGAACUUAUUUUAUACUUGUCAUUUCUUAGUUUAUUGUCGGUUGUCUUACUAACGCGAUGGAAAUCUGUUACGUCUUUAGUAUGUUGAAAUGUUGAGAGAUAUAUAUCCUUGGAGAUUUUAAUUUGGAAGUUGCUUGGCUGUGCUACUCCAUUGGAGCACUCAGUUUUUCUUGAUUCAGUCGAGAAUUUCAGUCGAAUCCUUCCUUUAUAUAUGAUUCUUGGAUUUUUUGCUCGUGAUCUUGCUUUGAAUCGAAUCUUUGAAUCUCCGCUCCCUUUUUAUGAAGGAUUUUCAUAGUUGAGUAUAGAUUUCCUUGUUUCAUUUACUUACUUCAAAGUAGUAUUUAUUGGGGAUUAGCGAGAGAUGGCAAUAGCUCGGUUUGUCCGCCAAGCAAAACGCCCGCAUGGGUUCUGUGUGAAGAUGAGUGCAGUGGCAAUAUUGGGUCUCUGCUUUAUCUUUGUGUGGUCUAUGUUUUCUUCUCCCUCCUCUUCUUUAGUCAGUCAAAGGGAAAGUUUUGAUGGCAUCGUAGAACCAGUGUCAACAAACACACGGGCAAGCAGUUCUGGGACCCAGUCCAACAUGAAGGAAGUGGAAAAGCAUGGAUUAAGCAGAGAAGAUAAGAAGGCGAAAGUUGAGUCUGAUUUGAAUAGGAAGCAUGAAAAGAAGGUUAAUGGGUCUGUGGCUUUGGAUGUUAGUGUGCAAAAGUCUGGGAAAAGGGAUGAGAAAGAAGUAACUAAAGAGAAAAACGCAAAACAAAUAAAGGGAGUGGCUGAAGAUAAUGAUGGGUCAAGGAACUCUGAGGGUGAAGACUCACCAGAAGAAAAGGAAGAGCAAGAAGAAGAGGAAGUAUUAGAUGGGAAGGAAGAAAGGCCGGAUGGUGAAGGUGAAGAAAAUGGGGAUAAAGAAGGAGAUAGUGAUUUAGUUGAACCAGUGGAUACGGAAUCUGAGGAGAAGUUGGAAGAUGGAAGUAGUGAGUCAAGGAACAGUGGGAGAAAGAAAAAGAUAAGAGGUCCUUUGUUCGAUCCUAAAGCACAUUACAAUUGGAAAUUAUGUAACGCAAAGAGCAAGCACAAUUAUAUUCCUUGUAUUGAUAUUGAAAGUGGCAAGCUGCAGAGCUAUCGACAUAGGGAGAGGAGUUGCCCAAGAUCACCUCUGAUGUGUCUUGUUCCUCUAACUCAUGGUGGUUAUGGGUCGCCAGUCCGCUGGCCUGAGAGCAAAUCAAAGAUACUGUAUAAGAAUGUGGCACAUCCAAAACUUGCUGCAUUUGUUAAGAAACAUAGUUGGGUGGCUGAGUCCGGAGAAUAUCUUACAUUUCCUCAAGACCAGUCUGAGUUCAAAGGUGGAAUUCUUCACUACCUUGAAUCCAUUGAAGAGAUGGUACCAGACAUUGAAUGGGGAAAGAAUAUCCGUGUGGUAUUGGACAUUGGAUGUACAGAUUCAAGCUUUUCAGCUUCUCUUCUUGAUAAGGAGGUACUAACAUUGUCACUGGGCUUAAAGGAUGACCUAGUAGACUUGGCCCAGAUUGCACUUGAGCGUGGUUUUCCUGCAGUUGUUAGCCCCCUUGGAAAUAGAAGGCUUUCUUUUCCUAGUGGUGUAUUUGAUGCUAUUCAUUGCGGCGGAUGUGGCUUGUCUUGGCAUUCGAAUGUGGGUAAGCUUCUACUAGAGAUGAAUCGGAUUUUACGGCCUGGUGGAUACUUUAUUUUGUCUUCUAGACAUGACAGCAUUGAAGAAGAAGAAGCCAUGACCAGAUUAACAGCAUCUAUCUGCUGGAAUAUUCUCGCUCAUAAAACUGAUGAAGUUGGUGAAGUUGGUGUUAAAAUAUACCAGAAGCCUGUAUCAAAUGAUAUUUAUGAAUUGAGAAGGAAGAAAAAUCCACCUCUAUGCAAGGAAGAUGAAAAUCCAGAUGCAGCCUGGUAUAUUUCUAUAAAGACUUGCUUGCACACUAUUCCAUCAGCAAUUGAACAGCAUGGAGCAGAGUGGCCUGAGGAAUGGCCCAAAAGGCUUGAAACUUAUCCUGAAUGGUUGAAUGACAGAGAAAAAUUGAUUGCAGACACCAACCACUGGAAAGCUAUAGUUGACAAGUCCUAUCUCACUGGAAUCGGUAUUGACUGGGCAAAUAUACGGAAUGUGCUUGACAUGAAAGCCAUCUACGGAGGAUUUGCUGCAGCUCUCUCUCAACAGAAGGUUUGGGUGAUGAAUGUAGUCCCCGUCCAUGCACCAGACACUCUUCCUUUCAUUUUUGAGCGUGGGCUUCUUGGUAUCUACCAUGAUUGGUGCGAGUCUUUUGGUACUUACCCAAGAUCAUAUGAUCUUUUGCAUGCUGAUCACCUCUUCUCACGGCUCAAGAACAGAUGUAAGCAGCCUGUAUCAAUUGUCGUUGAGAUGGAUCGAAUUCUGCGGCCUGGAGGUUGGGCUAUCAUACGUGAGAAGGUUGAGAUAUUAGACCCAUUGGAAGGUAUAUUGAGAAGCUUGCACUGGGAGAUCCCAAUGACUUAUGCUCAGGGUAAGGAGGGUAUCAUAUGCGCACAAAAGACCCAUUGGCGGCCUUAAGAUCUCAAUCUUUCACCCUAAAUUCUAGUUGAGAUCUGAUCGUUCCUCUUUGAGCAAAGCACAAGGUGAAAGUUUUCUCGCUUCCUUUGUAACAAACAAUGAAUACCAAUUCUUCUUCUUGGUAUGAACUAACUAUAUUGAUUGUGUGUUAAAAAGGAGACUACUUGAAUCUAACCGUCAGAUUUUUCCAGCUGUUCUAUUUUAGGCUCCACAGUGCAAAUAGAAAAAAUUGGGAAGGGGGGAGGGAUUUAUCUGUCUUCUUUUCGGGACAAAACUCAUUGAUUUGAAGAGGUUGAUCAUUUAUAUCUUGACACUCAUAUUUGUCGAUGAUUCCAGUGCCUUUUUGUAAUAUAUAUCAUUUUGUUUGUCA